UUGCAAAGACGCCCCCAAAAGGCCAAAACAGGAAGCUCGAGCCCUAGAACCGCGACGAGAACCAAUGGACUCAGGGGGCGGAGGAGGGGGGUCUCACAAGGCCGCGUCGGGCUCCGCGCCGUCGGUGGCGGCGGCGGCGGCGGCCCCGAACCCCACGGCGAUGCUCUCGGCCCUGAUGGGCAAGCGCGCCAAGCUCCAGGAGGAGGUCCGCUCCAUCGAGCGGCAGGUUUAUGAUAUGGAGACCACCUACCUGCAAGAGUCUAAUCAAUUUGGAAGCGUGCUGAAGGGUUUUGAAUCAUUCUUGUCAUCAUCAAAAAACACUGCUAACCUCAAGCGGUCCAGGAAGUUUCAGGUUGAUGAGAGGCUAUUCUCUCUGUCAUCAGUUACUUCUCCAGCGGUUGAAGAACAACUGGCUGCACGAGACGAGGCAAGAGAAUAUGCAGGUCGUUCGAAGGGCGCAAGCACUCCAGCUAAUGGCCAAGGGAAACCAAAGAAGGGAGGGCGUCCUGGAGGAAGAGACGGAAAGAGAAUACGCCCAUCGAAUGAUCCAGACUUGGACGACGAAGAUGACUACUAACCCUUGCAUGUUUCAGGCAUCUUUUAACUUUGUGUCUGCGUCUAGUUCCGUCUUUAUGUGUUGUUGCCUUUUAGGCUUUAGCCUUGUUCUCUUGCAAAUCCAAACCAGCGCUGAGGAAUCUCCUGUAUUACGUUCCCAGCUCAUCUACUUGCUUGAGCGUGCAAGUGCUUUUUCCAUGCUUUUUUUCGUUUUGCCCAAUGUAACAUAAGGUAGCAGCAAGUUAAUUAGAUGGUGAAAAGUUGUGUGGACAUUAUUCUAUUUCUUAUAAACUAGUGUCAAUAACGUUCUUAUAUUA